AUGAGCGGUGGUGUCUACGGCGGUGACGAGGUAGGUGCUAUCAUCUUCGACGUCGGACACCAGAGCCUCCGCGUGGGAUAUGGCGGCGAGGACACGCCGAAGGCCGAGAUCCCGACGACCCUCGGGGUGUGGGAGGAACCCGCCGAUCCUGGCGGGAUCGACUGCAACAACGUCAACAGGAAGCAUUACAACAUCGACGUCACGGCUAUCCAAGUGCGAAAAAAUGAUAUGGAGAUAGUGAGUUUGAUGAAGGACGGCAUGAUUGAGGACUGGGAUAUGUUUGAACGACUGACCGAAUAUACGUACAAGCAACGAUUACAUGCCUUAGCCGAACACCAUCCGAUCUUGAUGACCGAGUGCCCGUGGAACACCAGACUGAAGCGCGAGAAGUUGCUGGAGUUAAUGUUCGAGAAGUUUAACGUGCCGGCCAUGUACAUCUGCAAGAACGCCGUGCUAGCCGCGUACGCCAACGGCAGAUCCACGGCGAUGGUCGUGGAUAGCGGUGCCACGCAUACCAGCGCGGUACCGGUUCACGACGGUUACGUUAUCACCCAAGGGAUCGUUAAAAGUCCUUUAGGAGGCGACUUCAUCACCAUGCAGUGUAGACAAUUCUUCGAGGAGAAGGACAUCGAAUUGAUACCGGCUUGUCUCGUCGCUAGCAAAGACGUAGUGCGAGAGAGAGAUCCACCACGCUGGACGAGACGAGCCGGAUUCCAACCGACGUCUUCCUGGCUGAGCUACAUGGUUCGAGAGAUCUUGCAGGACUUUCAGAUGAACUGCCUGCAAGUGUCGGACAGUCCGUACGACGAAGAUAUAGCAAAUACUCUACCCAUGAAGCAUUACGAAUUUCCGACCGGAUACAACGACGAUUUCGGAUCCGUGAGGCUCAUGAUACCCGAGGCCCUUUUCGAUCCCAGCAACGUUAAGGGUGUGGGCGCGAGUAUCUUAGGAAUCGGGCCUCUCGUCACCACGAGUGUCGGGAUGUGCGACAUGGACAUUAGACCAAGCUUGUAUGGCAGCGUAGUGGUGACCGGUGGCAACUCGUGUCUUCAGGGUUUCGGCGAGAGACUGAAUCGGGAUUUGGCCAGCAAGACCCCGCCAAGUAUGAGACUGAAAAUAAUUAGCGCGAACAGCUCGAGUGAGCGUCGUUAUGGUGCUUGGAUCGGCGGCUCGAUCCUCAGCUCUUUGGGUUCCUUCCAGCAAAUGUGGCUGUCGCGUCAAGAGUACGAAGAAUCAGGCAAGCUCAUUUUGGAAAGAUGCGCAUAAUUCAAUAAUGGAGAAAAUCUUGGUAUAAGAACUGAAAUUUUGCAAAUCAAUUAUUUUUGUUGUUUCUAAUCUAAUGGAUAAUAAUUUUUAUAAUUAAUGCAAAAAUUUUCAAAGACACACUUAAAAGAUGUUUGAGCAGAAAAUUAGUACAUUGUUUAGAUGUCUGCAACAUUUUUUGUGUGUAACACAUUUGUGUUAUAUCUGGAUAAUUAUUAGAUAUUAAUAUAUGAAAAAUAUAUUUAUUUUAUUUUAUUAUAUAUAUUAAUAUAUAAUAAAAAAAGAUAGGCUUCGCGAUUUUUAGUUCAAUUAUAUCGAUAUAAAUUAUAAAUAUCAAUCAAAUAAAUCUUAUUUUAAAAGCGUUUUAUAUAACAAUCGAUGUAAUGGCGACGGUGUAACGUAAGCCGUCCUCGUGAGCAACAAUUAUCAAACGCAUUCUGAAACGCCUAAGAGUUUAAGGAUUCUACAAAAGCCUAAAUAAUGUGCGAAGAAUUUUUCUCGGGAGAUAAUUUUUCACGAUAAAACUUUUUAUAGAAUGCGUUUCGAAGCAACUGUACGUACUUCUGAUUAAAGGAAGUGCGAUUAAUCAAAAACAUCUUGUGUAACGCGAGUAAAAGCAAUGUUUAAUCGGCAACUCGCUUUUAGACAGCUUUAGUGUUAGAUAGGGAAGUAUAAAUGUAAAACGCGCGGCUUAUAAGGAUACAGUUCCUAAUUGCUCCAAGAAUCUUCCAUGUACAUCGUAUAUUUUAGGAGAGAACGAUCACACUUUUUCCGUCAAAGUCAUUUCGCAAACAUAUAAAUGAAUGUACGCGAUGUAGACUAUUUUGUAAUAGAUCGUCAUUAGACAUAUUUAUUUCACUGUGAGAGUAAAAUACUCGCUUUACAGACAAUAGUAAUGUCCGUUAUCGCGGAUAUUCUCGCUCUAAUAAGUUAUCCUUAAAAAAAAAAAAAA